GGGAGAAGUCCCAGCAGGAGGAUGAGGGGGCAUGAGAUACAAAGUAUCAUCUGACAGGACAGAAGUUUCCUGGGGAGAGCCUGGCAGGACCAGAGCAUGUAAUUGGCUCCCUGUCACUUGUAGUUCUCCUGCACAGCAGGAAGACUCUACCAUGAGCUUGGGGAAGAAGCGCAGUGGAUUCCAGAUCACCAGUGUGACCACUGACUACCAGCCUUCCUCACCACUGUCCCCUAUCUCUGUGGAGCGCUCUCCAUCCCCAACACCCCCCAAUGGCCCUCGUUCACCCCCCACUUCCCGCUUCCGGCUGGUGCGACUGGAUCAGGCUCCGCUGGGGGGAGGACGGAGGUAUCAGAAGGGGCGAUGGACAUGUGUAGAGUUUUACCACCAGGAGGUGGGCGCCCAGCACAGGGCUGGAGCAGGACACUCCCUGGAUUCCGGUCUCCCCCGAGCUACCCCAACCUCACCCUUACUGCUCUCACCCGGUGCCGGGGCAAAGGGCCAGCUCAUCCCCAGGUCCAUAGGGGUCCCUCUACUGGGCACCGCCACAGAGAGAGAGGCCGCAGCUCUGCGAUCUCCUCUGCCUCUUCCAGCGUCACCGCCCAACACUACGCAGAGCGGCGCGCGUCCCGGACGCCCGGUUUCCGAUGUAUUCAAUGAACGACUUUUGCUGGCUCAGACGGUUUUCAACAUGGGAGACGAGAUGGAACAGUGCAGUAUGGAGGCCAUAGACAACAAGAUAGAACAGGCUAUGGUGAGUAACUAG